CCGGCCUCCCGCUACCCCCGCGGACUGCGGCGAGUUGGCCCCGACCAGAGACUGUCGCCGCCGAAUCAACCCCCCAAGGAUCGAAGCACGCUGCGGCAACCGCGAGCUAGCGAGGGUUGUGUUCGGCUGCUGCUGAGUGCAAGAUGGACUCUAAACGUGGGAGAAGUCAUAGUCCAGUUGAACUCAAGGAUGACCGCACUAAGGAGAGUGGGAGUUAUGGAAGGAAGGACAAUUCAAGGGAGCUACAGAAUGAUUCAAGUCACGCCAGGCCAGGCAGAGGUCAUGAUUUUGUUAGGCAUUCUGAUAGGCACUCCUACGGAGCUUCACGCGAAUCCAGGAGGCAUGAUGAUUAUAGGAGGUAUCAUGAUAAGCGCGCUGAAGAUAAUGACAGAAGCUAUUCUAGAACUUCUAGGUCAGAUCGGGAAUCAAGGGCUGACACUUACUAUAAUCCUUCAAAGCGUGAUAGCACAUCUGAUAGAUCGCAUGGUGAUUGGAAAAAUGAUGAUGGCAGGUAUGGAGGCAAAUCUGUUAAGCGGGAGCAGAGGAGUAAGAAUCAGGAAAAACAGGAGUCUCCAUGUGAUGGAGCAGAGUAUGACAGAGAUGCUGAUUUUAAGAGGGAAACAUACUCUGCCAGAAGGUAUCCAGAAGAGAAAAACAAGGAAAAGUUCAAGCAGGAGGAUGGCCUAAAGAAGAGAAGUGGCAAGGAAAUUGAGAAAAGCAGCAACCCAACAGAACCUGAGCUAGAAACAAGGGAGAAGAGGAGAAGCUUAUUCAGUUCUGUUGGUCCAGAUGUUGAAAAUGCACAACACAUGGAAAUGGAUACAUCAGGAGGAAUUAGAGAUGGAGCCUUAGGUGAUCUGGAUGCAGCAAAAAUUGCAGCAAGGAAAGCUGCUGAAUUAGUUAAUAAGAACAUUGUGGGAUUGGGAUUUGGAGUUGGAACCGGGCGGUUAUCCACUGACCAGAAGAAGAAGCUGCUCUGGGGCAACAAAAAGAGCAACCCUCCAGAGACAAGUACUCACUGGGACUCGAAUCUGUUUUCUGAUCGGGAGCGCCAAGAGAAAUUCAACAAACUCAUGGGUGUGAAGAGCAGCACCUCCGCCUCGGUUCAAGAAAGCAAGGCUGGCAACAAGGAGGAGGGUCCAGUGGAAGGCAAGAAGCAGGAGGAGCUCGACACCGACCUGGAGAAGCUCUACGUAGCAGGCCUGCGCCGGAGAGAUGGCCGAACUGUUGGUCUCGGACUGUAGGGAACUAUCCUUGGAAGCGUCGCAUCGCUGAAGAUCUCAAGUGCCUAGGAUGUACACUCUUCAUAGGCUCGUUUAUCUCCGGCUGUGAAAUUUUAACUUUCAGUUUUGCAUCAACAGUAGAAGUGGGUUAUUAUCAUCUUGUAGCGCAUAAACAGCUAUUAUGUCUGCUUGGCACUUGUAUAGUGUAUUGUUUUAACUUAUCACCCUGGAGGACCUCUGCACUGA